AUGGAGGUAAAGGCUCAAGGGGAUGUUGAGGUCGGGCUUCACGACAAGGAGUCGACCCGGAAGACCAGCAUAGUCGACAUUGACCAUGGCGCCGACUCGCAACUACAAAGAAGACUUGGAAACCGGCAUAUCACAAUGAUUGGGAUAGGCUCGUCGAUUGGAAUGGGCUUAUGGCUCGGAAGUGGCAAAGGACUAGUUGCAGCUGGACCAGCUUCAUUGUUCAUCGGAUUCAUCAUCGCCAGCUCCAUGGUCUGGGCAGUCUCACAGUCCAUCGGGGAAAUGGCUGUGAUGUACCCACUCCCCUCCGCUUUUGUCCAAUGGACCAACAAAUUCGUCGAUCCAGCCGCUGGAUUCGCUUUGGGAUGGUGCUACUGGUUCAACUACUGGAUUGCCGUCGCCAACGAGCUACAGGGCAUCGUUACCAUUCUGUCCUUCUGGAACACGUCGGUACCCAAGGCCGCAUGGAUCUCAAUUUUCUGGGUCGUCAUCGCCCUGAUCAACGUCGGUGCCGUCACGGUCUUCGCCGAGGUUGAGGUCGUCAUGGCGGCCGUCAAAUUCGGCUGGAUCUUCGUCGUCAUCAUCGCCUCAAUCGUCAUUUCAGCAGGCGGGGCACCGAAUCAUGAGGCAAUCGGUUUCAGAUACUGGAACGAUGCCCCUUUCUUGAACGGCUUCAGGGGUUUCUUGACUGUCAUGCCAGUGUGCAUUUUCGCUCUGUCUGGCUCGGAAACGACUGGUCUUGUCGCAGCCGAGCUCAGCAACCCGAGGAAGGCGGUUCCAAAGGCAGUCAAGUCCAUUGCACUUCGACUUGCCAUGUUUUAUCUUAUGGGCUCCCUGAUGAUCACCAUCACCGUGUCCCCUUCCGACUCGAACCUCUUCGGUAGCGGAGCGCAUGCCACGGACGCAUCACCAUUUGUAAUCGCCUUCAGAAACGCCGGUCUGGAGCCGUUGGCCCACAUGAUGAACGCUGUCAUAUUCCUGUCGGUUCUCUCUUCCGGUAGUAUCAACGCGUAUGCGGGAUCCCGAACGCUGGUUGGGUUGUCUGAGAUUGGCAUGGCCCCAUCUUGGAUGAAGAGGGCAGACCGUCGGGGAAGACCUUGGUAUACCUUAGUACCGACACUACUGAUCGGUGGUGGACUCUCGUACCUCAAUGCCAGUCACACAGGUGCGGAAGUCUUCAGCUGGUUGUCAAGUCUCGUCUCGCUCUUCACACUCUUCGGAUGGUCGAUGAUCUGCCUUUCCCACAUCCGCAUGAGACAUGCCUGGAAAGUUCAGGGACGAAGCGUCGAUGACCUGCCAUGGAGAACGAAGACUUGGCCAUGGGCAGCUUACUGGGGCUUGAUAUGGUGCAUCAUAUUGACGAUUGUCCAGUUCUAUCUGGCCAUCUGGCCCUUCAACGGUGAGACGUCAGCGAAAUCUUUUUUCUCGACCUAUGUCUCGGUACCGGUUGGCAUCAUCAUCUAUAUCGCUGCCAAGUUCUUCUAUGGCGGUCGUCGUUGGCUUGAUAGCCGAUCGAUUGACCUUGACACUGACCGACGUUUCUACUCCGCCGAGCAAGAGGACGAAGACAAGGUGUCAUUUGCCAAGAGGAUAUUGAAGAAAUUACUUCGAAUGAGCUACUCCGGAAGCUGCAUUAUCGCCAAGGACGGAACAUGGUCACCCAAGUGCACGACGGCCUAUGUCGAAGCGGCACUCAGAUCCCAGUGCACGAACUUGGGCGGUACUUUGAGCAACAUCAACUUCCAAACCACCAUUACACAGAUUAACUACCGUUGCAACUGCGUGCACGGAAACACCAAGGACUUCACCUUCAACGACGGCGUCUUCGAGGCUAAGGCUGUGGUUGGCGACAAGUGCUGA